AUGAAAUCUCAUUCUCGCCGUGACGAAUUUUGUUCUAAAAUGAUAAUUUUAAUGGCAGGUGGAAAAUGGAUGGCAUCAACAACAACAACAACAACAAACAUCAAUUGUUCUUUGCCAGGUGCAAUAGUAGUUAAUGGUCAUCUGCUCAUGGUCGACGUGUCCGAGCUUAAUGCAGCACGUAUUAACGGACCGCGCGAUGAUAAUAAUGAUGAUGAUUUAACUUAUUUAAUUAAACGAACGGGGAUUUAA